AUGGAUUGGGCCUUUCCUAGGGUGGUGUGUACCCUCCUUAUAGAUCCCUGGAUUGAGCAGCCCUCCGGUGGGGACCCUGUGUAUGUGUGCACAGCCAUGGAGCAGAAGAGCACAGCUAACUCACAGAAAGAUGCCCCUCAAACUGCACACGUCUGACCCUUCAGGAUGACUUCCACCGUGUGCCCAGCUAAGACAGGCAUCUUUGAUGUCUCCCCACACCUGCUAGAUUACCUUUUGGCCCAUUUGGGAGAUUUCAUGUCUUUUUACUUCAAGAACUCCCAGGACAACCUGAGCUGUGUCUGUGAUAACCUUGGGCACCAUGGCUGAGUCUGGGCCUGGGCAGCCCCCUACUUUGAUGGGGAACUGCUCCUGCCUGAUGAUUACAAGAUCUUCCAGGAUAUUUAGGCUUUUCAAGACCCAAAUGGUUUAGCUGAGUACCAUGCCACAGUGCCCUGUCCCUUACCUCUAGGCUCAGGCCAGCUGUCAGUGGCCCCACAGCCACCUUUAGUGAGGCAGUUCUUGGAGGUCCUAGCACUGAAUUUGGGCACUACUUUUAGGCCUAACCCAGCUGAUCUGGCCACCCCUGCUGUGCCCAGGCCCAGUUCUGCAUCUGGAAAUGCUCUACCCAAGUAG